UCAAAUUUAUACGAAAAAAGUUUCAAAAUAUCUAAAAAAAUAAAAGAAGUACUUUCGCAAUAGGUUUCAUGUUGAUUAAUUGCCAUAUACGUAAAUUGUUAGCCAGAGACCAAUUUGUGAAAGUGACUUCGAAACAACAGGAAGGCUAAACAAAAUUAAAGUGUUUUUGCCAAUCAAAGAACAAUAAAAAGCAAGGGGUUUUCAUCUGUAACCAAUGUGAUUUAAUCCAAUCGGGCAUUGAGUCCGAUUUAAACUUGAAAAUACUUGGAUUCAAUCAUUAUUGGCUAUAACAGAAGUAACCCAUCAACAACCAUGUUCAGUGGCAAAGAAACCGAACAAACUAAGAAAUCACCAAAAAUGUCAAUUUUGGGGCCAUUGGGAGAUGACUUAGCUUGUGAAUCAAAGUGUAAAAAACCAAAAUUGGAUCAGCAUGCGAAUGAUAUGAAAGUGGCUUUUUCGUUGAGUGCCAUUGAAGAGAUGAAACAGAGAGUUGACGAGGACAACAAUAUAGAAAAAUUAGAUAAGCAGCUCCGUCAGUUUCAAGUAAUUGAUGAAGUUGGUUCCAAUAGUGAGGAAGACGAUGACAAUUUUAGCGAAAAUGGUGAUACGAAUCGCCAGAAUGGCGAAGCUGAUAACGAAGAGUACGAGUCUACGGAUCUAGAUUUGGACGAUGAAGAAAUUGAGCAUUUACUUGAUGAAAACUUGCCAGACGAUCUGAAAGCGCCGAAAAAGCCUAAAUAUGAAGAACGUUUCAAAACUGUUUUAGAAGAAAAGCGACAUAAUCAUUUUGAAGUUCUACCAGAAGGUUGGGUCCAAGUAACUCAUAACAGUGGCAUGCCUUUGUAUUUACAUCGAAAAACACGGGUAAUCUCUACAUCCAGGCCUUAUUUUUUGGGUACCGGAAGUGCAAGGAAACAUGCCAUACCGGUUGGUUCGAUUCCAUGCCUUAAUUAUCGUCGCGCUCUGGAUGAAGAAACUGAAGCGGAAUUACAAAAAUCUCAGGAAUUAGUUAAAAGUAAUGAAAUUAUCGCCUCAGAAGUUAUUCCAGCUGAAAUCAAUAAGUGUCCGUUCGAGUUUUCAACCAAUAACGUUGUCGAGGAUAACAACAGCGAAGGCAUCCAUGAUAAUGUAUCAGUGGCAAUUAAUGUUAGAGAAUCGGUAGCGCCGAAAGUGAAAGCGACGGCAAACUCCACGGAGAAGGAUAAAUUGCGUAAACUUGUGCCAGCUGCCAAAAUUAUAACUGUCCAUGAGAACAUUCAAAAGGAAUCUCUUACACCCGAUCAGUUUAAUGAGUACUGUAGAAGACUUUUCAAAUUUCGUGUAAUUCGAGUUUUACGUUUCCGAUCUUGGAAUGCUAGGCGAAAAUUUACAAAAAAUCGUAAACACCUCAAAAAUAUACAGCGUCCUACUUUGCCGGACGGCACAAAACUUAUCAAAUUUCCAAUAUUAGUACCCACGGGAGAAGCUAACGCGAAUCCGCGUACACGUAAAGAGUGGAUUAUGAAUCCUAGUGGUAAAAGUUAUGUUUGCAUUCUGCACGAAUACGUGCAACAUGCCUUAAAAAAACAACCGACUUACGAGUUUAAAGAAUUGCAAAAUGCUGCAACUCCUUAUUCGGCCACAGUUUCUAUAAAUGAUCUGAAAUAUGGCACUGGCUAUGGUACGAGCAAGAGACAAGCGAAAUCAGAAGCUGCUCGUGAAACUCUUGAAAUACUUAUACCGGAAAUGAAAGAUAAGAUAACUGGAGUUAAACAGGAUAAAAGUGCAGUCGCUAAAAGUAACCAAAAGGACUUGUCGGUUUUUGAUGACAUCAAAAUAGAAGAUCCUCGCGUAGCCGAAUUUUGCAAUAAAACAACGGAGCCAUCACCGCAUGCCAUUCUUUUAACAUGUUUGCAAAGGAAUUUCGGCUUAGGGGAUGAUGUGCAUAUAAACUAUGAGAUAAAUCGUACCAGUAACAAGAAGAACGAAUUCACCAUGACUGUGGGUAAACAUACAGCCAAAGUAUUGUGCAAAAAUAAACGCGAAGGCAAGCAGUUGGCAUCCCAGGCUAUAUUACAGAUCUUACAUCCUCACAUCAAAACUUGGGGCUCUUUGUUGCGUUUGUAUGGCAACAAUUCAAUCAAAACUUUUAAAGAGAAAAAAAUGGAAGAACAAGAAAUUACAGUUCUGCAAAGUAAAGCUGCCAUCAAUCAACCUAAUUAUGCCAUUUUAAAUAAAUUGAAAGCGGAAAUGUUGAAAUUGGCCGAAAAAAAUAAAUCGGUACAAAGCAAAGGUACCUUCGUACCGCCAAACGAUAUCGAUUUACCUUCAUCGUCCGGUUCGAAUUUAAAUAACGUCGAUCUCUAAGAGAACAAAAACUAAUACACGCACGAAGAAUAAAAUAAUCUUUCAAGUUUUAUAUAGUAAAUAAUUAAAAAGAACGCAUUUAGAACAACUUAUACGUCGAACAAAAACCGUCAUUAUAAGGUGUCAAUAUUCGAUUUUUUUUUUCUCAAAUUUAAGCAAAUUGUUUUGUAUAUCAUACAUUAUUGCGUGGUUGAACAAAUAACUUUAAACUAAGUAAAUCGCGAGAUCGCCUUAUGGUUUGUUUUCAAAGUUUUUCAAAUUGUGAAUAAAACUGCUGAGAACUAUUGCCCGUUUUUUGUAUUUAACUUUUUUUUCACCCCAAUUGGUCUAUAAAAGCAAACGCAGAGAUAUAAAACAAAUAAAUAAUGCAAUAUUUCCUUCAAGUUGCGAUUUGCGUCUAUAACUUUUAAUCGUUUAUAGCGUUAUUUAUUUAACGCCUAUUCCUUACCUUGUUACCUUAUCCAAAAAGUAUCGAGAUAAAAAGUUUCACCUUCCAAUGGCAAUAUUACUAGUAAUGGAGUUUGUAGAAAAUCAUAUUUUCCAUUAACAAUAUUAUAAUAUAAUAAUG